CGUUUCAUGUUAAAACCAAAUUUUACUAAAUAAAUAAUCUCAUUAUGGCUUCGUUAAAAGAGGUGGCUACACUCUAUCAAAACCUGAAAACAGAAUGGAACAAAAAACCUCGUAAACUCGACAAAUGUGGCGAAUUAUUGAACAAAAUAAAGGUUGCUUUGACUCAGUUAACUUUCCUUCCGAGUAAUAAUAUGGCUGCCAAUCAAAAAGAAUUGAUUUUGGCAAGGGAUGUUUUGGAAAUCGGGGCACAAUGGGCUGUGGCCACAAAAGAUGUAAAAGCAUUCGAAAGAUACAUGUCCCAGCUGAAAUGCUACUAUUUUGAUUACAAGGAUCAUCUUCCGGAAUCUGCAUUUAUGUACCAACUGCUUGGUUUAAACCUGUUGUUCCUGCUUGCACAAAACCGUGUAGCUGAAUUUCACACAGAACUCGAACGUUUACCUGUUGAUGCAAUCAGACAAGAUCCAUAUGUCAGACAUCCACUUGCUCUAGAACAAUAUCUGAUGGAAGGAAGUUAUAAUAAAAUUUUCUUGGCAAAGGGUAAUGUCCCAGCAGAGAGUUACACAUUCUUUAUGGACACACUUUUGGACACUGUGCGUGGUGAAAUAGCCGCGUGCAUAGAGAAAGCAUAUCAGAGCAUCCCCUGUGCUGAAGCUGCUAGAAGAUUGAAUUUGCAGUCGCAGCAGGAUGUUUUGGAAUAUGGAAAAAAGCGUAACUGGGUACUGGGCUCAGACAACUGCUACCACUUCAACAUGGCUGGAGAGACCUGUGCUGCAUCCGCUGGCGUCUUCCCCUCAACGGAGCUUGCUGAACAGACCAUAGAGUAUGCUAAACAUCUUGAAAUGAUUGUGUAGACAGGCCUUUGUUUUGCAGUGUAGUAUCUAAC